CAACUGACGGCCCACAUGUCCCAGUACUGCGCCGAGCACCAGGAUCAGCUGCUGAUGUUCAGCUACCGCGUGCAGCAGUGUCGAGCCGUCGCCCUCUACACACACAAAUAUGACGGGACGGGCCGGUGGAGGACCCGCGAUCAUCACCAGAUGCCCGAAGAGGAGGAGGAUAGCCCUGGGCUACUCCAAGUGCUGUUUAUCGCCAGCCGAUGGGCCGACGUCGUCAAGGUGUACGAGGAGGGGAAUAUUCGGGAGAUGCACUUGAUGCUGUUGAUGCUGCAAUACGCGACGAGCCACCUGCCCGGCACAUCACACGAUUCCACCGUACACCUCGAAGUGAUUCCGGUGGACCAGGAAUUUGCUGGGGAUGACGAACGGUUGGCGCGGAUUGGGCUUCGGUCUCCGGGUCGACUGUUUGCCCUCUUCUUGCAAUAUAUCGGCUCGUGUACAUUCCGCCGUCUCCCCCAUCUAUUCUUCGACGAUAUGGGCUAUGAUAUGGCGUUUUUCGACGAGGAAUGGCAUCUUCUACACCAGUGCGCCCGGAUCUCGUUCUAUUCGAUGGUGUUCUCGUCGCGUUUUGAAGAACUUCCCCUACGUGCCGAUGAGCAUGAUAAGCCGUUGCCGGAGCUCGUCCAAGAGGGCACCUCGUUCACCAUCGAAUUGCCAAUGACAGUACGCGAACUGGACCUUGAAGAUGAUCUACGCAAAAAGUGUGGUCUGCAAGAGGUGAAGAUGCGAAGGAAGCACUCAUACAAAAACGGAGAAGCGGCGACUCGUGUCCGAGUGUCGGCUAUGGGCACCACGAAAGCGUUGCGGAAAUUGCGUCGACUCGUUCAGGCGCGACCCAUUCACAAUGCCGAAAAAAUGGGCAAAUCGAUCGAGAGCGCCUAUCCACAACGGACCCUUCAGAAUAUCCGAAGUGAGCGCCAGCUCGACGACUACGACAUGGAG